CUUAAACUGAUUAGGCAAUUUCCAUUUUAUUGUACUUUAUACUCCCACUGCAUCUCAGAGGAAAAUAUGUAUUACUUUGCCGAUUCAAAAGUUAUUGAAAUAAACAACCCCACUCCAAUUUGUUUACGCAGUUGCGGAAGACUGAUUGAGCAAUAGCUGUGUUGAAUGUCAAACGACACAAGUCAAGAGUCUAAAAGCCAUGAAAGCACCUGUGAGGUUGUCCCCUGGCGAUCUUUAUAAUUGGGUAAAGGAGGCUCAAUUCCUGCUUAUGUUUUGCUCAAUACUUGGUAAAUAUUUUGCAAACCAGUUAACAACUUGGUUCCAGCCCACGUUUUCCUGAGGAAAUUAUUCAGAAAUCAGCCAGGAACAGAGCACCACCACAGAUACUUUAUAAUUGCAUAAGGGGGGCAUGUGACAACACAUUAUCAUCGACUGAAGAAUAUAAAAGCAGACACAGUGACCACACAAGUCACAGCUUUGGAGACGGAGAAAAAGAAAAUCAGUCUGCCAGCUAUCCAAACACAAGUGAUCAACUGACGGAGAUGGAUGCCUUCAAAGAAUACCUGGAAGCCAUGGCAGCCCAGCUGAAGGACAGCCAAAUCCACAUUGAGGGACUGAAGAGAAAAGAGAGCAUCAUGGUGGCAUUCACAGCUGUGGCAGAAUACAGUGGGGCCCAUGGACCCUUCAGCAUGGACAGAACUCUGGUUUACAACAAGGUGAUUACAAACAUUGGUGAUGCCUACAAUAGCUGCUCAGGUAUCUUCAGUGCACCUGUUGCAGGUCUGUAUUAUUUUACCUUCUUCUAUCAUGCUGGAGGACAACAUCCAUCAAAGCUGUUCCUGAUGAAGAACUGCGAGACCAUUGUCAUGACAACUGAUCACAAAUCAAGCAAUGACUCAGCUGAUAAUGGAGGAAAUGCAGCAUUCCUGCAGUUGAAGGAAGGUGAUCAGGUUUUUGUGCGCCUGGGUGCAAAUACUCAUGUUUGGGGAUCAUGCCAAACCAACUUCAGUGGCUUUCUGGUCCGUCACAUGUGAGAAUCAAUGACCCCAGAAUGGUUUUUGUGUUUCAGUUUAUUCCUGCCUGAAUAUACUGUACAUCCAAAAACAUGAGAUCAAUGAAGCAUCUACUGUGCUACCAAUAAAACUCAAAUUUCGAUUAAACAGAUAGAUGUUACUAUAUUCAACCAAAAUAAAUCAUUGAAACAUUAGUCCAAUGAGUCUUGACUGUUUCAUUUUCAACUUCAUGUCAUAAAAAGUGACGAAAAAUAUAAAAAUCUAAUGAUUCACAGAAGAUCAAGCCAUUUUGGUAACUCCAUGAGCUUUCAUCCAAACAAUAACAGUAGUUACUUUCUUCUUAAUUUCAACAGCUAAAAUGGAACCACAACAUAAUCCAUAUAUAUUGCACCUAUGGCAUUGUUCAAUCAUAUAUAAAUCUAACUUGUUGUCUGGUAUCACUGUCAGUUUCCUGUUACUGAACAUUUGUCAGUAUAAUCUCAGAU